UUCGAACGCGGUCAGAACGCUCAGGUGGCCGCUUAGCAGAUUUAAAGUUUACAAACUUUGUCUGGCUUCCGAGAGAUUAAUAAUAAUACUCAAGCGAUAAUCAAAAGUUGUGCUGGGAUUUUUUUUGGAGCAAAAGUCAAGGUUAUCGCGGAACUGCACAAGAGCGAAUCCAAUAUCAAUACCACUAUCUGAAAACCAGAGAUCGAGAUGUCGCCUGCAAUUAUCUUGACUGUUGCUCUGCUGGCGGUUGUCAGUGCUGCACCACAGCAAUCCUCAUCGAUCUUGGACCGCAACAUUGCAGAUAUCUUCAACACAGACCCAAGCUCGGCAACGCCAACUCAGAUCUCGCCAGCGCCGACGCCAGCGCAGACCAGAAACCCAGGCGCAGGAACUGGCAUUGGCCGUGUAGUGACUCCCGACCCAAUCGAUGCCAGCAAUCCGGUGAUUGACUUCAACUCCGUCAGUGGCAAGCAAGCAAAUUGCAACUGCGUGCCCUACUACAUGUGCGAUCCCUCGACGAACAGCAUCACCGAGGACGAAUCCUUCGACGGCUUUGGACAGAUUGACAUUCGCUUUAGCGACGACGAUCCCGUAUGUCCCUCCUCCGUCGAUGUUUGCUGUGCCGGCAACCGCACUCGCGACGUAGUCUUGAAUCCCACACCAGUCGAAAAGAGGCCGGAUCAACCAAAAGGCUGCGGCAUACGCAAUGUGGGUUUGGACUUUACGCUGACGGGCGCCACACAGAACGAGGCUGGUUUCGGCGAGUUCCCCUGGACAAUUGCCUUGCUGCAUGCCAACAACUAUAGUUUGUUCUGCGGUGGCUCCCUCAUCCAUCCACAGGUGGUGCUGACUGCAGUACAUUGUGUGGCACCGCAUGCUCCCGGCACUUUCCUGGUUCGCGCUGGCGAGUGGGAUGCACAGACAACGAGGGAGCGAUUGCCAUACCAAGAGCUACGCGCACAACGCAUCAUCACACAUCCGCAGUUCAAGGUGCGGAAUGUGGCCAACGAUUUUGCGCUCGUCAUCUUGACAGAACCAUUCAAGCUGGCGGAUCACAUUAAUGUGGUUUGUCUGCCGCCCCAAGGAGCCACGCCCGCUGGUGGCACCACCUGCUACUCCACCGGCUGGGGCAAGGAUGUGUUUGGCGCCGCCGGCAAGUACAGCGUCAUCAUGAAACGCGUGCCGCUGCCUGUGGUCGAUUUCAAUACCUGCCAGACGCAGUUCCGUGGCACUCGCCUCGGACCCAAGUUCGCCCUGGAUCGCUCGUUCAUGUGUGCGGGAGGCCAGCGAGGCAUCGACACUUGCCAGGGCGACGGUGGCGCCCCACUCGCCUGCCCCAUUGGCCUUGCCUCCGAGAAUCGCUAUCAGCAAAGCGGCAUUGUUGCCUGGGGCAUUGGCUGCAAUGACGCAGUUCCUGCGGCCUAUGCCAACGUUGCCACCGCUCGCAGCUGGAUUGACCAGCAGAUGUUGGCCAACGGCUUUGACACCAGCACCUACACGGCCUAAGCCGCUCUCAGUCUAUCGCUGUACUCUCUCUCGUAUGCUAGGAAAAGUCUAUAAUAAAUCAAGUUUAAUCUA